AUGAGUGAAGACAUUCUACAUCGUUUGCGCAUUGCGAAUCAAAAUUCGGACAUUCAAUUCACUCCAAACGUGUAUAAUGAGGCAUUGAUUUUGAUUGAAGAUAUAUGUUUGGCAAUUACUAACAAGGCACUGGUGCAACUGGGAAUGCCUGAUCCAAACCGACCAGCGAACAACCUUUUCGAUCGUGAUUUGCAACGAGAAACACACUUUGAUACUGUCGAAUUGGGGACAUUUGUUCAGAUAAAUCUUCCGCAGUUGAUUCCAGAACAACGCAUUGCGUAUGACAGAAUUAUGCGUGCCAUUACAGAACAGAGUGGUGGACUAUUUUUCCUAGAUGCGCCUGGUGGUACAGGGAAGACUUUUCUUCUUUCACUCAUUCUGGCAACCAUACGAUCACAAAAUAAUAUUGCACUGGCCAUUGCAUCAUCUGGAAUUGCGGCAACUCUUUUGGAUGGUGGCCGAACAGUGCAUUCAGCAUUGAAACUGCCGUUGAAUUUGCAAAACACUGAGACACCAACAUGCAACAUCAGUAAAAACUCUGGAAUGGGCAAAUUACUCCAAACGUGUAAAAUUAUCAUAUGGGACGAAUGUACAAUGUCUCACAAGAAAGCAUUGGAAGCAAUUGAUCGUACACUGCGAGAUUUGAGAGGAAACGAACAGAUCUUUGGUGGCGCACUCAUUUUAUUGUCUGGUGAUUUUCGACAAACGCUGCCGGUUAUACCACGUUCAACACCCGCUGACGAACUUAAUGCAUGUCUCAAAUCAUCAGUUUUAUGGCGCCAUAUACAGAAAUUGAUUUUGAAAACCAACAUGCGUGUACAACUACAACAGGAUGCAUCGGCUGAAAAUUUUGCAAAACAAUUGAUGGAUAUUGGAAAUGGGCGAGUGCAAAUUGAUGAAUCUACGCAAUGUAUCACCUUGCCAGCAAACUUCUGUAAGAUCACAAAAAGCAUAGAUGAAUUGGUGCAAAAAGUUUUUCCAAACAUUGCACAAAGCUACAAAAAUCUUCAGUGGCUCAGUACGCGUGCUAUAUUAGCAGCCAAAAAUAUCGAUGUCAAUACCAUUAACUUCAAUAUUCAGAAUGGAAUACCUGGCGAAACAACAAUAUAUAAGUCCAUCGAUACUGUGGUGAAUCAAGACGAAGUUAUCAACUAUCCAACUGAAUUUUUGAAUUCGCUUGAUUUGCCAGGCAUGCCACCGCACGUUCUUAUAUUGAAAAUUGGCGUACCCAUCAUUCUUCUUCGAAACAUAAAUCCACCACGACUUUGUAACGGAACCAGACUCUCAGUCAAGAAAAUGAUGAACAAUGUUAUCGAGGCAACAAUUUUGACUGGAAAAUUCAAAGGUGAAGACGUACUGUUACCACGUAUCCCAAUGAUCCCAACAGAUAUGCCAUUCGAAUUUAAACGUUUGCAGUUUCCGGUGCGACUCGCUUUCGCAAUAACUAUCAACAAAGCACAAGGACAAUCGUUGCAAGUAUGUGGAUUGAAUUUGGAGAAUCCAUGCUUCUCACAUGGGCAGCUCUAUGUGGCUUGCUCACGCGUUGGAAAACCUUCUGAUUUAUUUGUUUACGCACCAGAUGGAAAAACAAGAAAUAUUGUGUAUCCCACAGCCCUUCAAUAA